AUGGGGGUAAAAAUCACAUCCGAUAAAAUUAAUGAUGCAAAUGCACUAAUCACUUCUAAAAAGAUAGCAGCAAGGAACUAUCGAGUCUUCAUUCCAAAUUCCCUCAAAUUUUCCAAAUGUCUUGUCAAGGAUAUUGAUAUUUCGGUUUCAGUAUUGAACUUUGUAGAAAGAUUGACACCUAAGGAUAAAGAAUUCCUGUCAACAGUUAAGCGCAGAAUAACAUUCGACAAUCAUAUUUUAGAGGCGUUAGAGCUCACAUUCAUUUUACCGGCACCUCCACCAAACAUUCUUGUUUCUUCUUUCGAAAUGACAUUGCACCCAUUAGUCCCUAGACCCAUUCGCUGUUUUAAGUGCCAACGUUAUAGACACGUAAAAGCACGGUGUAGGUCUGGCUUUAGAUGUGAAUUCUGUGGGGAAAGACAUGAAGCCGAGGAAUGUGAAAAUGGACUCAGAAAUUCUAAAUGCUGUAAUUGUGGCGGAGCUCACCCGUCUUCCUCCACCACUUGUCCAAUUUAUAUUAGGGAACAAGAGAUCAGAAACAUUAGAGCGGAAAUGGGAAUAGGUUACCAAGACGCGGAAAAAAUCUAUUAUAAACAUAAUAAUAAACUAGAUAAACCGGAUAAAGCAGCCCCCGUGAGCAAUGACUCCGUUCGGAAUAAUGAUGAGGAACAACAACAACAUAAUAAUAAAAAGAAUAAAAAUGCGACUCCUGAAGCACAACAUUCUUCCAAUACAAAAACCCACUUCGAUUCUUCUAUGCAAUCAAUAAAAUCUUUGCAUUUAGAUAGAGACAAAAUCCAAUUGACGGAAGAAAAUACAUCAAUUAACAAUACUUUGCUUGUCAACACUGUUCUUUCAAAAAGCUUAACUCAAACAAGCAUUGAAUCUUUUCUUUUAUCAAACAAAACAGCCUCUAUAAGUCAUGCGACCGGAUCAACGAUGUUUAUACCAACUCAACACACUUGA